AUGCCUAAGAGCAGCAAAGUAACUCAGCGAGAACAGAGCAAUGAGCCUGUCACCGAAUCAGUGGCUGAUCUACUGGCCCUGGAGGAGCCUGUGGACUACAGACACAGUGUCUUAAAUGUGGCUUCAGAAAACUGGAACAAGCAGCAGGUUGGAGAGGAAGCAGAUGAGGACAGGCCAGCAUGGAACAACAAGCUACAGUACAUUUUGGCUCAGAUAGGCUACUCUGUGGGCCUGGGGAAUGUGUGGCGGUUCCCAUACUUGUGCCAAAAGAAUGGUGGAGGUGCUUAUCUCGUCCCAUAUUUGGUCCUGCUCAUCCUGAUUGGGCUCCCCCUCUUUUUCCUGGAACUGGCUGUAGGGCAGAGAAUCCGCCGGGGCAGCAUAGGAGUGUGGAAUUACAUCUGCCCUCGAUUAGGCGGCAUCGGGUUUGCCAGCUGCUUA